AUUUUCAGAGUGUACAUAAGAGUAUUUUGAAUUAAAGCAUUGAAAAUGCCGAAUUGUCCAGGCUGCAACAAACCUGUAUACUUUGCUGAGCGUGUCUCGUCAAUUGGGAAGGACUGGCAUCGCCCAUGCUUGCGUUGCGAAAAUGAAAAUUGCCGAAAGACGCUGACAGCUGGUAACCAUUCCGAGCGUCAGGGCAAGCCAUAUUGCAACCACUGCUACGGAGCGCUUUUUGGACCGAAAGGUUAUGGACAUGGUGGUUCGGAAUCUCACACAUUCCACAAUGGUUUGACUGGAAAAGCAAAUUGAUUUCAAAAAACUUUUUCAGAAAGUUUUGAAGUAUUGUCUAUCAACAAUAUUAAUAUGUAAUAUUAAAUAUUAAUGUACGGUGUUGCUACUAGUUCUGUGUGAAAGAACAGUUGCUUAUGAUUUCAUGUUAAAGGUCCACAAAAAAUUUUAAUCGGGAUGGUCUUCCUCUUUCCAUCGUUUCUUUGUAUUUCUUUCAUGUAGUAAUCCUUUAGUUUUCACGAACG